GAAUCAUAUGAAGUACAUGGUGGAGCAGAUUGGCCAAAACCUAGGGUUAAUCCCAUGGAAGAUGCCAGUGCACUGGAGAAGGCAAUUACAGCAAAAGGUGUCGAUGAAGGAACUAUUAUUGACAUUUUAACGAAAAGAACCAAUGAACAACGUCAAGAAAUUAAAGUUGCUUACCAAAAGCAAACUGGAAAGACUUUGGAAGAAAGCUUGAAGAAGGCUCUCAGUGGUAAACUUGAAGCCCUCAUGUUGGAUUUGCUAAAAACUCCUGCUCAGUUUGAUGCUCAUGAGCUUAAACGUGCAACAAAGGGUCUUGGAACAGAUGAGGACACACUGAUUGAAAUCUGUGUAACAAGAAGUAACCAGCAAAUAAAGCAAGCCAAGAAAGCAUACAAUGAAGAAUUCAAAACUGAUAUUGAAAAGGAUAUCAUAGAUGACACAUCUGGAGAUUUUCAGAAGGCCUUACUUGCACUUUUAAAGGGAACCCGUAAUGAAGAAUGUUAUGUUGAUGAAAGUCUUGCUGACCAAGAUGCAAAGGCUUUGUUUGAAGCUGGAGAAAAGCACAAGAAAGCAGAUGUUCCUGUAUUCAUUGCCAUCUUCUGCGGUCGAAGCUUUCCACACUUAAAAAAAGUGUUUGAAAAGUAUUCCACUUACAGCAAACAUGAUCUCAAUAAGGCUUUGGAUCUGGAGCUAAAGGGGGAUAUUGAGAAGUGCUUGGUAGCUAUUGGUAUGUAUAAACAUUUUACUAAAAUACUAUCAUGUUGA